ACGCAAUAUUUUAGACUUGGUGUCCAAGCGAGGGCGUUAGGUGUUAGGUAAUCAGCCGCUUGACGAACCCCAACAAAAAUGGAAGAAGAAGCUCCGUCUUCUUCGUCGUCGCAAUCUCAGUCACAGCAUCAUCCUAAGGACCACACCGGAGACUCCCGCAUGGAGAUUCACGCGCCGCCUCUUCAGGAGGAUUCCUCCGCCAUUUGGGAUUGGGGCGAUCUACUCGACUUCACCGUCGUCGACGAUGACUUGUCCGCACCCUGGGAUUCCGGCCAAACCAGCAACGAGCCUCUGCAGCAGCCUACGACGACGCUUGUUCCGGGAGAAUCGGAGACUCCCCCGGCCAGAGGAGAGAGCCCGGAUGCGGGUCGGGUCAGGAAACGCGAUCCCAGGCUCACGUGCUCCAACUUUCUGGCGGGUCGUGUCCCUUGCGCGUGCCCUGAGGUUGAUGAGAUGAUGAUGGAAUUGGAAGAGGAAGAAUCCGGGCACGGCAAGAAGAGGGCGAGGACCGUUAGGGUUGGGGCCGGGGUGGCUCGCUGUCAGGUUCCGACGUGUGGGGCCGACAUCAGGGAGCUCAAAGGGUAUCAUCGCCGCCACAGAGUUUGCCUCCGGUGCGCUAACGCUAGCACUGUGGUUCUUGACGGCGAGACCAAGCGUUACUGUCAGCAGUGUGGCAAAUUCCAUUUGUUGUCAGAUUUUGAUGAAGGCAAGCGGAGUUGUCGGAGAAAGUUGGAGCGCCACAACAACAGACGACGAAGGAAACCUACGGAUUCCAAAGUAGCAAAUGGAAACGAAUCUCAAGGGGACAUUCAAAUUGAAGAUAUCAAUUGUGAUGGUGAAGCAGGAGAAGAUAGUUUACAGUUUAGCAGCCAGCUAGUUGAGAAAGAAUCAUUGCUGGAAUCUGAAGGUGGACAUGUUUCCACCAUCUCUGCUCCUGAUUCCAAGGAUACUCAUAGUGAUGGCUUUGCUUCUGGUGAAGCCCAAAUAGAUGGACAAAAAUAUAAUCCAAAGCAUUCUCUGUCUCCAUCCUAUUAUGACAACAAGAGUGCUUACUCAUCUAUGUGUCCAACAGGUCGUAUCUCCUUCAAGCUCUAUGAUUGGAACCCGGCAGAAUUCCCUAGAAGACUUCGGCACCAAAUAUUCCAAUGGUUGGCCAAUAUGCCAGUUGAGUUGGAGGGGUAUAUCCGCCCUGGAUGUACUAUUUUGACUGUAUUUGUUGCAAUGCCUCAGUUCAUGUGGAUGAAGGUAUUUGAAGAUCCUAUAGCAUAUGUGCAUGACUUCAUUGUUUCACCUGGAAGAAUGCUAUGCGGAAGAGGCAAUGUACUUGUUUAUCUAAACAAUAUGAUUUUCCAUGUUGUGAAAAAUGGGACUUCUGUAAUAAAAGCCAAGGUCGAGGUGCAGGCUCCAAGGCUUCACUAUGUUCAUCCUACAUGUUUUGAGGCAGGCAAGCCCAUGGAGUUUGUUGCUUGUGGAAGUAAUUUAUUACAACCCAAAUUUCGGUUUCUUAUCUCUUUCUCUGGAAAAUAUCUGGCAUAUGAUUAUUAUCAUGAGUCGUCUCACUUUCAGUCUGGAGAGGGCACUGAAUGUAGCUUUGAUCAUCAGUUGUACAGAAUACAUGUCCCUCAUACUGAAGCAAAUAAUUUUGGUCCUGUGUUUAUUGAGGUUGAGAAUGAGGCUGGCUUAUCGAAUUUUAUACCUGUAAUUAUUGGGGACAAAGAAACUUGUUUGGAAAUGAAGAUGAUUGAGCAGAGACUUGAUGCAUCUCUCUUUUCAGAAGGGUCAGACUGUUCUACUAUUGGUUCGCUAUCAGACUCAUGCGAAGUUUCUACUCUCAGACAAAAGUCAUUUUCUGAAGUUGUUUUGGAUAUAGCAUGGUUACUUAAAAGGCCUGGAUCAGAAAGUUUUCAGCAGAUCAUGACUGCCUCGAAGAUUCAAAGAUUUAAUAGUUUACUGAACUUCUUGAUAUCGACACAGUCAACUGCCAUUCUGGAGAGAAUUUUAAAAAAUCUGAAAAUUAUUAUGAAUAACACGAAGUCAAGUAGUGGAUACAACAGCAACAGUGAUGCUGAUCUGAGGCUAUUAGAGAAAUACAUGAAUUAUGCUCAUGAAAUUUUUCGACAGAAAAUGAAUGAAGCUGGGGGUUUAGGGCUGCAUUCCAAAAACUUGAUGCCAGAAGAGGAUUUUGUUUCUCAAAGCUGCUUCAAAGCCAAUGUGCAUUCAACUGUUCCUUUCUCCAGUCAGGAUAUGGAGAUAAUGGUAAAUGGCAAGUCAGUAAUGGUAGGUUCAAGUACUAACAAGACAAGUGAAACGGUUCCACUGCUGAAUAAAGAAUCUGUUAUAGAAGCGAACAUUGUUAAGGAAUGGCCAAGAAAGCCCUCCAGUCGCAGUUCUUCUGGUAAAUUCUUUAGCUGUCGUUCUACUGGGCCAUUCUUGGUCUUUCGCCCCAGUUUAUACAUGAUAGCCAUCGUCACUGUUUGUUUAGGGAUUUGUGCAGUGCUUUUCCAUCCUAGCAAGGUUGGCGAAUUCGCGGUAUCGAUUCGUAGGUGUUUGUUAGGCAAAUUUUAGAUGAAAGCUUUUGACUCUCUGUUAUCCACCCCCUGUAAUCUGUACAUAUCAAGUGUACACUAGAUUUUCUGACACUGCUAGAUAAUUUUUAGCUAUCUUACAAGAAAUUUUUUGUUAUUUUGUUUAUUAAAAUUUUGUUGUAUUUGUUUUAUGAAUGCCGUAAUAAUGGACAUUUUGCUAUCGAUUGAAUA